AUGACGGCGAAGAAAGCCAGACAAGAGGCCAGAAGGGUCGAGAGGGCGGCCGACGAGAAGGCCACGAAGCAGGACCCUAACAAGGGCGGCGCCCAGGCGAGUAAAAACGGCGUGGAGGUGAGCAAGAAGGACGGCGCGAACCUGGCCGGCAUGACGGAUCCCCUGGGCGAUGCCAUGGAGUUCCUAUGGUCGAGUCUGCGGCCGAGUGCCUGCUCGAAGUCGACUAUCUCCCAGUGGUACCCAUGGCUUCUGUUACCCAUGCGCAAUGUUCAGCAGGUCAUUGUGAACGGACCGGACCAUCUUGGGUCAGUACGACGACGUUCAUCUGCAACGAUGUGA